AUGCAGCAGAGACCCAGCUCCCGACAUCCACCUCCCAGUGCUGGGUCAGGACCCAUCAUUGAAAACCACAGAGUGCCAGGGCGAUGCAGCCAGCCAGUCAGUGCGUGUCGGUACUGGGGCUGCGAUCCCUUUGCACAGACCCAGCGCAGCAAACUGCAGCACCGCCGUGCCCGAAUUAACCAGCAGAUCAACAAGGAGAUGCGCAUGCGAGCUGGGGCAGAAAACCUCUUCAAGGCCACCAGUAAUCACAAAGUAAAAGAAACCGUUGCCUUGGAGCUUAGCUAUGUUAAUUCCAAUCUGCAGUUACUGAAGGAGGAACUAGAAGAACUGAACAGCAGUGUGGACGUGUACCAGAAUGACAGUGACUCCAUCAGCGUCCCCAUGAUUCCUUUGGGGCUAAAGGAGACUAAGGAGAUGGAUUUAAUGUCCCCAUUAAAGGAUUUCAUCCGUGACCAUUAUGGGGAAGAUGACACUUCAUUUGACAAGGAAAUCAAAGAGUUCAUGGAGCUGCGGCAGGCUUUGCGGACUCCCAGCCGGAAUGAGGCGGGGCUGGAACUUCUGAUGGAAUAUUACAACCAGCUUUACUUCCUGGACAACCGAUUCUUCCCUCCCAAUAAAAACUUGGGUGUCUUCUUUCACUGGUAUGACUCGCUCACUGGAGUCCCUUCCCAUCAGCGUGCUCUGGCUUUUGAAAAGGGAAGCGUGCUCUUCAACAUCGGGGCUCUGCACACCCAGAUAGGGGCCCGGCAGGACCGCAUGACUCUGCAAGGGGUCGAUCGGGCAAUAGACGCUUUUCAAAAGGCAGCCGGUGCCUUUAACUACUUGAAGGAGAACUUCUCCAACGCCCCCAGCCUGGACAUGAGCACGGCCUCACUGAACAUGCUCGUGCGACUGAUGAUUGCCCAGGUGCAGGAGUGCGUCUUCGAGAGAGUCCUCCUGACCAGCGCCCAGAAGGACUUCUUCACACAGCUGCAGCUGGCACAGGAAGCAGCCAGGGUUGAAGAAGUCUACUCGUUGGUGCAUCAGACCAUGACCCAGGCUCACGUGAAGGAUUAUGUCCCUUUCUCAUGGGCCACCAUGGUUCACGUCAAGUCCGAGCAUUUCAAGGCCCUCUCCCACUACUUUGCUGCUGUUGCACUUUGUGACUGCCCCUCUGUGUCUGAUGCCGACCUCGCAGAGCACGAAAAGGCCUUUGUCCAGCUCCACGUCACUGUGCCAGAGGGACCGUCGCUUCGUCUUGUGCUGCAAGACCAGGAGGAGCGAAGGAAGCUGGGCAAGGCUCAUCUGAAAAAAGCGAUCAUGCAGCACGAGGAAGCCAUGAGAAUCCACAGCCUGUGUAAGAUCCUGAGGAAGAUGGACAUCCUCCAGGAGGUCCUCUCCUUCGCUCACAAGCGCUCGCUGAGCAGAUACUCGGAAAUCGAUCACGAGGAAGACUUCUUCGAAACAGGCGAUGCCCCGGACAUCCAUCCCAAAACCAAUCAGAGACCAGAGAUAAAAUCUCCCAACUUCCCCCAGGUGAAGGUGACCGACAUCUUCCAUAGACUGGGCCCGCUGUCAGUCUUUUCAGCCAAAAACCAGUGGAGCCCUGCACGGCAAGUCCACCUGGUCAGAGGAGAACACGGCUUUGGGUUCACGCUCCGAGGGGAUUCCCCCGUCCUGAUUGCUGCCGUGAUCCCAGGCGGCUGCGCGGCGAAAGCUGGGCUAAAGGAAGGCGACUACAUCGCUUCAGUGAACGGCGAGGACUGCAGAUGGGCCAAGCACGCCGAGGUGGUGCAGCUGCUGCGGAGCGUCGGAGAAGCGGGUGUGGACGUUGGCGUGGUAACCCUGCGGAGUUCCGACGGGCAGAACGUUGCGGACAGGAAGUCCCUGGCCAUGUCCACGGGGGGCGGGCUGCCGAAGAACAACAAGGAGAACAGCCGCAAGAGCCUCAUGAACAGCAAGGGCGCCAGCACCCUACUGGCCUGGAGCAAGAAGAGCAAGCGCAGCAAGAGCAGCGCUCACAGCCUUCCCUUCGCCGCCGUGGGUGACAACGAGUCCAUGUACUGAGCCCUCGGCCUGGCUGGGGGCGGCUCAUUCCUGUUAACUCCUGGCACCGCGUGGGAACUGGGGAGAGCGCAGUGGUUCCGUGGCACUGGGAGCUACGCUGGUGUCGUUGCGAUUGUUGCUCUAGAGAGGGAGAACUGGUCCUGGGAGCAGGCCCUUUCCUGCCAGACCAGGCUGACGGGUGUAGCGCUCCCGUUGCUGGUAACCAGCCAACUCCCUAUCUGAGUUUACGUGUACAAAAUCCCCCGCGGAACACUUUGGGGAGGGACUGAUUUUUUUUUUUUCUUGCCUCAUACUGUAGUACCAAGACAGCCUUCUCUCGGAAUCCGUCUGUGCGUGGUAGGAGUUCUGUACCAUCUCCUCGCUCUACCGUGUACAAAUUCUGGGCAUGGGGCUGCCAGCGUAGCCAAGCUGCUCACCACUUAAUACGCAAAGCAGAAAUGUGUAGACUCCUGCCGGGGAGGGGAGUUUCUGAACUUCAUCCGCAAAAGGGCAGGCGGCGAGAUGGCUGAGGAUUUCUGUGCCAGUGAGCUGCCUGCUGUCAGCCCCCAGGUGCAUGCAGAGAGCUCAGGGGCUGGUGGGGGAAGGGGGGGGGGAGAAACGAGGAGCGUAUUUGCUCCGAACGCUCAAGGGAUGUUAAGGUUGCGGAGUGAAGUGCUGAAGAGUCAGGGAAUGUCUGUGGUCAAACUGAACACACAACCUUAACUGUGCCCCCUCCUGCACAAGCAUCGUGGUCAGGGUCUGAGGCACAUGCUUGCAUCCUGCUUCGUUUAGUGCGCAGGGUGAGACAGCGCCCGGAAGCUGGCGUGCUGCCUGACUUUCCAUGCUCACAGCGGGAGCGUGACUCCAAUGACUUUUUUUUUUCCAGACACAGCUACACAUGUGCACUCGGUUGUCCUUUCUAGUGCAGAUGUUACAGUCUGGGUAGCAUAACCCUCGAGCAGCUCAGCUCUCCUUUUGCUCCAGCUCAUAGAAUCGUAGGACGGGAGGGGACCAUGAGUGAUCCUAGUCCAGUCUCCUGCCCUCCCGGCAGGACUAACUGUGACCCUUUGUGAAUGUGGAAUGAACGUUUCGCAUUGGUAAUACAAAGCCCUCAAGUUGUCAGUAUUGUGACUAAGGCAAAUGGAUUAACUAGACCGCCUGACUCCGAUUGGAAGCCGCCACCUGCUCUCCAGAGAUGUGCCACUCCCGUGCUUCGAGAGCGCAGUCCAGACCCAAGUCACUGAGAGCGGUGUGCAGUUGUAGGGGGUUGGGUUUGACCUGUGCACCCAAACCUAUUGCUGUGACUGAGAAUUAGGUGCACAGGUAAUACUGGCUUGUCCCCUCCCCCCCUUCAGACUUAAAUACUGUGCUGAAUUGGGGCUGGGUGAGUUACUGCAAUGGUUACAUUGCUGUCAGCUGUUCAGU